AUGGGUAUAGGUAGAAUUUGUGUUAUAUUAUGGCGUCGCGAGCUGAAGCGAAUGAUCGAAGGUAUAGUCAAGGUGCAGCCGGUAGACCAGCGGUUAUACAAUCAAGACAACGACGUCAUGGAAGAUGAGAGUACGCUUCAGGAUUAUGGCGUCACUGUGUCCACAGCCAAGGCGCAGGCUCCGGCGCAGUUGGGCUUGACAUUCAGAAACGAAUUGGGCGACUUCGAGACGCUGGACAUGACACCUUACUCUGCACCCCCAGACUUACCUGAAGUGAUGAAAAACCAAGAGGCCUCAAACGGACAGGAACAAGUUGCAUAAAUGAGCAGUCAAUCAGUCAGUCAGUCAAUAAGUCAUCAAACCACGGCAAAUACCAGCAAACACAUCAUCAAAAGCAGCAACAUUAACAGGCUACCAAUGUGUAGCAAACGAGACAAACCUAAUCCGAAAACCAGAGAUUCAAAAAAUACUGUCGCUCGCUUGACUCCCGGAAAACGAACUGAAAGUAAAAUUAUAAAGCCCAACGGAACAGAAGUACGAGAUCCGCUUUCGACAUGCAGUGCAAUGUGUUUCGAAAUUUACUACGAUUUUUAUUCUUUUUUCUGGUCAAAAGCAAAACGAAAAAUAAUUGCAGAAUCAAUAGCUAAAUAUGCAUUUUUUAUUCUUUAUAGCAAAGAACAAUUCACUAAGAGUCUAAUGCAUAAUUAUACUUUGGAAUGGGAUUUUAUAUUAUUCGGCCUUAACUUUACCCACACAAUUGUUUGUUUCUUUUUUAUGGAAUUUAUACGAAUUUGUUGAAAAAAAAAAUACACAGUCAUAAAAAGAAUUAUGUGAAAUGAUAUUGAA